GUCGCAACCCGCCGAGACUUCUAAAAGAAAAGAAAUAGAUUGCAAGACGGAUAAGUGUCAUAACGAUACGAUAAUGAUAAAAGUUAUGCCAAUUCAAUAAAUCGGAUUGGUUAAUAUUUUAUACAUUUUCAUUGCGAUUCGCUUAGAAGGAGCAUAGAUGUAAAAUCUUUCUUAUAAAAAAAUAUUUAUAAGUCUAUUUAAAAAAAAAUCAUAUAAUACCACAAUUUUAGUCUAAAUUCAUACAUUAGCUACUUGUUUGCGCUUAUUGGCAAAUAUAUUAAGUCGCAUUAAAAACUAGAACCACCGUGUAAACAGGCCCUAAGUUCGCAAACGUAUCUCCUGUCUAUCAUCCCCAUCAAAAUUAAUAUUUACAGAUAUAGAAUUCAACGUCAAAUACAUUCUAAUUUAGAUUUUAUUAAGACAUUCAUAAAACUUAUUUCCAAAUCCUGUUUGUCCUAUUAGACAAACAGGAUGUUAAAACCGUCAAAAUCAAGUUUGACACAUCAAUAGAAAUCACUUAUAAAACCGGUCUACAAAAUGUUUUAAAUUAAUAUACAACAUACUACAAAACUACAACAACCAACAAAACACACUUAAAAUAUAACUAAAAUGCCCAACCCAAAGAAAACUGAAGAAAAUCCAUGCGAGAUCGAUGUUAAUUGUACAGGGAAAGACAAACCCGGUAAAACUGAUGGUCCUUGUGAGGUAAAAAUUGAAAAAACAGAAAAUGAACAAAAAGAAUCACACAGCAAAAAGACGGCGAAAAAUCUAGACAACGAACAAGCAAGGAUAAACAAGGAAUCAUGCUCAGAUCUAUAUACUCCACCUGCAUGUGAAAAAGAAAGAACAAUACCUCCUAACCCACGCAAAAAUCUGCAGAAGAAGAAAACGGACGACACAGAUGAUAAAACAACUAAAGAUGCUAAAGAUCCUUGUGCUGAGAACCCAUGUUUUAAGACACAAGAAGAUCCAAAAGAUAAAGAAGAGAAAAAGCCGUGUUAAACAAUGUUGUAACAUUUUUUGAGGGUGUCGCGAACGCUUGUCUAUAUGGGAAGUUAUGUAACUACAGUGGUGGAGUGAAUUAAGGGCAUUACAUGCGUUGCGAUGGAAUCAGAUAAAGAUGUUUGAAUCUUACCUUUAUCUCCUCGUAUAUGCCUCUGGGUUCCACUUUCUAAUUGCCUUCUUGUAGACUCGCACUAGUCGCAGCGUUAAGCCACAGCCAGCUCAACAUCUGUAGUUUUAAGUGAUCUAUGUCAUCACCGUUAUCACUGAGCAUCUUGGGAAAUCUUUUGGGGAGUUAUCAGGGCUAUUAAUUAUAAUUGACCAAUUCAAUAAAUGAUGCCUAAAGAGCCCAAAGGA